GUAGCUCACAUGGCGGAGGAGGCUACUUUUCUUCUUCUUCUUCUUCUGGAAUCCGAUUCGAAGAAAGUCUCAGGAAAAUCUGAGAAGACCGUUCCUUUAUCUUCGAUUCAUCUCGUUUGACCGGCGUUAACAGUGUUAUUUUUCGUUUAGGAGUGUCUAUGGAGGAUUCUGAAGGGAAUCACUUGGGUUCUCCAUCAAUGGAGAAGAUUCAAAGCAGAGAUUUCGGAGCUUACGAAAUCAUCGGCGCUGUCGUCGUGGCCUUGCUUCUUCCAUUGAUGCUCUCUGUUGUUUUCAAAGGAAGUAAGAAAGGCAGAAAGAGAGGGGUUCCGGUAAAAGUUGGCGGGGAAGAAGGUUACGCCAUGAGACAUGCUCGAGCUCCUGAGCUUGUGGAAGUUCCAUGGACAGGCGCCACGACCAUGGCUGCUCUGUUUGAGCUGUCUUGUAAGAAGCAUUCGAGAGAUCGGUUUAUCGGUACGAGGAAGUUCAUAAACAAGGAGUUUGUUACCGCUAGUGAUGGCCGGAAGUUUGAGAAGCUACAUCUCGGAGAGUAUCAGUGGCAAACGUAUGGACAGGUCUUCGACCGUGUCUGCAACUUCGCAUCUGGGCUUGUCAACUUCGGCCAUGAUGUUGAUACCCGCAUCGCCAUUUUUUCCGACACCCGAGCAGAAUGGUUCCUUGCGUUUCAGGGAUGUUUCAGACAGGGUGUUACUGUUGUCACUAUCUAUGCUUCUUUAGGGGAGGAGGCCUUAAUUUACUCGCUGAACGAGACCCAAGUCUCGACUCUGAUAUGCGAUUCGAAGCAGCUGAAAAAGCUGUCCCCGAUAAGCUCGAGUCUGAAAAAUAUACAGAACAUUAUCUACAUCGAAGAAGACGGAGUGGAUAUCGAUCCAGACGAGCUUAAAAGCCUGAACAAAUGGAACGUUUCUUCUUUCUCCGAGGUCGAGAAACUCGGGGAGAAGAACCCUGUUCCACCGAGCUUGCCUACCAAGAACGGGAUUGCGGUUAUUGUGUAUACCAGUGGUAGUACUGGUCUUCCAAAGGGAGUCAUGAUUACUCAUGGAAAUCUUGUGGCAACAGCUGCUGGAGUUAUGAGGGUGAUUCCGAAACUAACUAAGAACGAUAUCUACGUCGCUUACUUGCCUUUGGCUCAUGUGUUCGAGCUCGAAGCUGAGACCGUGAUCUUCGCCUCGGGUUGUGCCAUCGGAUAUGGAACUGCAUUGACAUUGACCGACACUUCGAAUAAAAUCAAGAGAGGAACCAAAGGAGAUGUUUCGAUGCUAAAGCCGACUAUCAUGACCGCAGUUCCGGCUAUUUUGGACCGUGUUCGUGAAGGAGUUCUUAAAAAGGUCGAGGAGAAAGGAGGAAUGGCGAAAACCCUCUUCAAUUUUGCGUACAAGCGUCGGUUAGCGGCCGUGGAGGGAAGCUGGCUCGGUGCCUGGGGUUUGGAAAAGAUGUUAUGGGAUGCUGUCGUCUUCAAGAAAAUCCGAGCUGUGCUCGGAGGAGAGAUUCGGUAUAUGCUCAUCGGAGGAGCUCCUUUAUCUUCCGAUUCACAACGCUUCAUCAAUAUCUGCAUGGGGGCUCCGAUUGGUCAAGGUUACGGAUUGACGGAAACGUGUGCUGGAGCCACCUUUUCCGAGUGGGAUGACCCUGCCGUUGGCCGUGUUGGCCCGCCUCUUCCUUGCUGCUAUAUUAAGCUCGUUUCUUGGGAAGAAGGUGGCUACAAGGUUUCCGACGAACCGAUGCCUCGGGGAGAGAUUGUAGUCGGUGGGCAUAGCAUAACUGCGGGUUACUUCAACAAUCAAGCGAAAACCGACGAAGUUUACAAGGUCGACGAGAAGGGCACGCGCUGGUUUUACACGGGCGAUAUCGGGAGGUUCCACCCGGACGGAUGCCUCGAAAUCAUCGAUAGAAAGAAAGACAUUAUUAAACUUCAACACGGGGAAUAUGUAUCCCUCGGGAAGGUAGAAGCGGCUUUGAGUUCGAGCAACUACCUCGACAACAUUAUGGUAUAUGCGGAUCCUCUUCACAAUUACUGCGUAGCUCUCGUCGUUCCGUCGCAAGUAGCGUUGGAGAAAUGGGCAGAAGAAUCUGGCGUAAAGUACAAUGACUUCUCCGAGCUGUGCGAGAAGCCUGAAGCCGUAAAUGAAGUUCUGCAAUCGCUGAUUAAGGUCGGGAAAUCAUCGAAGCUUGAUAAAUUCGAGAUGCCGGGUAAGAUAAAGUUGGUACCCGAGCCGUGGACACCCGAGUCGGGAUUAGUCACGGCUGCUUUCAAGAUUAAGAGGGAACAGUUGAAGAGCAAGUUCAAAGAUGAACUGCAGAAGCUGUACGGCUGAAAGCAUAAAAACUUGCGAUGGUAUGAUCCUGCAUUUACUUUGGUUGGUUAUUGCCAGAUUUAAUAAUGUUGACAAUGUGACUAAGAUGUGUUCCUGUCAUAUUUUGCUUGAAUGAUUUUCACUUUUGUCAAUAAUUUACUACGCUCGAUCCGUUUAUAUCCUGCAGUUUUAAUGUUGGGCCGGUACCCGAA